AUGCUCAACUUUCCAAAUAUCUUUGGACUUGGUGAUAACCCGUCAGAAGCGUCGGCGAAUAAAAGUGAGCCCAUCUCUAUUGAAAAUAAUGCAACUAUGCAACUCCCAUUAAUUAUUAUACUCGGCAAGACAGGUGCGGGCAAAAGUACUCUCGGAAAUCUAUUGAUAUACGGAGAUCCAGGGAAAGAAACAUUCAAAAUCUGCCAUGGGCCUGAUUCAGGCACGCAAGACUUUGAAUCAUGCGAAAUUGUAAUAGAAAAUCGGAAGUACCUCAUUUGCGACACGCCAGGUUUCCUGGAUACACGUGACAUGGACAGGACAUUUGAAGUUUUCGGCCGGAACCUUCAAUCGAUAAGCGAAAUCAAAGCGUUUUUGCUUGUCCUGGAAUUGGGUAGAAUGACACCCGAGCAGAAGUCUCUCAUAGCAUGUAUGUCCACUUUUCUGGGCAGAAGAGCAAAAAGGAAUACGAUCCUUGUGUUCACGCAUCUAAGAAAACCCGAAAAUAUGACGAAAAAUGAUGUUGUCGAAAGGGAGUUGCACGAACUGCAGCGCACAUUACUGAACGAGACGGGGAACGGGUCUGUUUCUUAUGCCUCGCCCGCCUUCUACAAGUAUUUUGGCGAAUAUUUUGACAAUAAUACGAAACGACUGAAGACCAUGAUUAACGACAUGGAGCCAAUGUCUGAAUAUGACAUACGGGUACACAUGGAUCCAACUGGUGCAUAUAAUGUUUUAGGACAGAUCGAAUUGAAAAAAAGGAUAGAAGUGUUAGAGGGAAAGCUGAAUGAUCUCGAAUAUUUAAAGAAAGAUCACGCGAAAAUGAAGAAAGACUUUCAGGACUUCCGCGCAGAGAUGGGGCCCCCGCCUCAAUCUGAGAAAUGUUUUGAUCUAGACACUCGAGUGUUACUUGAAAACAACGUGUUCAUUCCGAUGAAAGACGUUAGCCUUGGCGAUAGAAUCUGUUCUGGAAUGCGAAAUGGCAAACUUGAAUUUUCUGAAGUCUAUCUCAUUACACAUAAUGAGGAGAUUGCGAAGACGGAAUACCGUAAAAUCGGUUACAACAAUGGAUCAGAAUCAGGGGUCCUUCGUCUGACAGCAUUGCACCAUAUUUUUGUGAAUGGUGACAGAACAACCGACUUUGCUCAUAACCUGAUACCGCUGAAAACCAAGAUUCUUGCUUUUAAUGGAAAGGAAUUGGUCCUUGCCACAGUAACCAACGUCACCACGGAGUUCCGUAGGGGGUACAUUGGCAUGUUCACACGCAAAGGAACAAUUUUGGCAGACAACGUUCUCUGCUCAUGCUAUGCCGAAUGCAAGCCAUUGCAAAACUUCAUUCACCUGGUCAUCUUUCUAUUGCAAUUGAUUACAUUACUGUACUCUUCCGGUGAUUCGAAAAAAUUGCAUCCUUACCUCCGAAUAUUGAUGCAUAUGUAUUCAUUGGGCGAAGUGACGAUAGAGAGCGGUCUCGCUCAGCGGUUACAGAAAGCGCUUGUGGCUGUAAAUAGAAUAGGAUUGAAUUACUAUAUUAUCGCUAUUGUAUUUGCCAUCGGACUUUAUCUUUUAUCGCAAUGA